AUAAAACCAAUCUCCCCCCUUGCCAUCCCACAACAUGUUUCCCAUUUUCUUGUCCCAUCACUACCAUCACCAUCCUCACCACCAACGCCAUCAUCAUCACCACCGCAUCGCCCCCAACUGAAUUUUCCAAACCCGCCUUGACGACGCAACACAGUAUUACAGGUUUCCUGCCGCCAACUUUUGUUUGCGGAGCCUACAACUGACGCCAAAAGUCACUUGAGCGCCUGACAAGUCAUCAUCCCACCCAUUGUUGUCAUCAACACGACCUUUCAGACUUUGUCACCCGUGCGGCCUGACAAAACCGUCACAAAACUGAACCUUGCUGCCGACGUGCAACUUUUUUUUUUUUCUUUCUUUCUCGGACUGGAGUAGUGCAACCAUCAACAUCAUCGUCGACAAUCGAUCGCUCUGCCUCCCAGAUCCAACGACAUUCAAGCAUCAUUCAUUGACAAAGCCGUCAUGGCCCCAUCAAAUAAGACUGCGGCCUCGGCGGCUGGAAAAGAACGACGCAAAUCUGACAAGGUCUCAGAGCCGACCAGGCCUGGAUUGGUUACAUUAACCGUCCCUGCAGAAAGGCUCCGUGCCAUCCUCGAGCCAACACCAUCAGCACCCCCGUCAGUCAAGGAAGAGACACCAGCCAAAGACUCCCCGGCCCCGUCAACCACAGAUGCUGUCGCGCCAACAGAAAUCGCGCCUGGCUCUGCACCAGAUACCCCCAAUGCAAACGGCUCCUCCACACCAGUACCAACUUCAGUCAUGGGCCCACCAACCGAAGCUCCUAAGAAGAAGGGCAAGAGGGCCAAUGGCAAUGGUGUCGACGUCCCUGUCAAGAUUAGGGGCAAGCCGGGACCCAAGAAGAAGGCCAGACUUGACGACGGUUCGCUCGAACCCGGCCGAGCUGGUGGACUAGGACACAAACUCGGACCCAAAGCAAACCAGGGUGCCAUAAACGCCGGGCUGCGCGCUCUUGAUCGCUCUGGCAAGCCAUGUCGGAAGUGGAGCAAAGGUGGUUUUCAGCUCAAGAGUUUUACCGGUGUUACAUGGGCUCUGCCUCGUUGGACUGCACCACCCAGACCCAAACCUGAAGAGGCUACCUCGAACCCUGAACCACAAACGGACUCCGCCCCAGCCUCUACCGGCGGCAAUGGCAGCAACAAGGAGAAUGGUGCUGAACCUACACCCGACUCUGCAACUAAUGGCACAACCGCCCUUAAGGAAGAGAACGGAGUAUCAAACAGCGACAAGGCCAACAGCAACAGCGGAGGUGACGUCGAGAUGCAAAACGCACCUAGUCUUGAGGAUAAUUCUCCAGCUCCUCAACCCAUCGCCGCCAAUUAAUUAUGUCUUUGGAGGACACUAUUUGCUUCAAACCUUGGCACACAUACCUUUAGAUGUAACAUCAUCAGCUCUUGUGGGCUUUAUCUCUUUUGCUUUAAUGUUCACGCACACUGGAUAGACGCCAUGGUCGGCGUUCAGAAAAGUAACGGUUCAGCGUUACUAGAUAUGGAGUUUUGAGGCGUUUGGAACUGAUUUCGUCUUGCCUUGCUCGCUGCCUACUGUAGCUGGAGACAUGUAUAAUACCACGAAUAAAAGAAAGACAUAAGCACUUGCCGGGCUAUUUAAUGUUCUUCCUGGCUCGACUGUGUUACCCGGGC